AUGUCAGCUCACUUUCGGGAGCUUCGCCAACUCCUUUCUGAAGCUCUUGGUACUGAACAAUUCGAUAGAAUCAGUAUUGAUGAAGCAAAGCCUAUAAAGCGGUUACUGGCACUCCGUACCAUUGUGCAUAACCCUGACGAGAGUAACACUUCUAUUCAAGAAGAACACGUAAAUGGUGUGCUCCAAAUUAUUUGUAACGAUGUACUGGAACAUUGUUUUAGGGCACAUAAAAAUGAUCAGACAUCUUCAAUGAGGUCUGUCGAAAACAAUGACGAUACAUCAAAGCUACGAUAUGUGAACGAUGUCAUUGACGAAGAUGAGGUUCGAUUGGUGUGGAAGUUCCUUUCCACUUUCACGAGGGAUGAAGAGAUGAUGGCACUAAUAGACCGCUCAACUACCAAGGCAGCAGUGCAGCUGCACUAUGCCAUUACUCGCCCGAGGCAACUUGACAUGUUUGUCCACAUUAGCGCGACGGAAAUGUUUUUUAUCGAUGGCGAUUCCCUCCUUAUGGCUGCCCUGUCCUCACAACAUGUGGACUGGGAUCUCAUGCAGCCACUUCAUGUUCUAUAUAACGCACAGUUUCUGCUACGCCGCAUGCAGAGCCGUGGUGCCUGUUUUCAUGUCAUUUUUUUUGAAAAGACAUUGUGGUUUUGGAUGAAAAGUCCACAGAAGAUGUUUAUUCGCGAAAAUCUUCGCGAAACUCUUACAGCAGUCUCCGAAAGCAACCCGUCGACAGGCCUUGUUGUCAAGACUUUUGAAAGCUACCACUGUAAAGCCUUCGAAGAGUAUGUUCAGCACUAUGAGCCUGAGUUUUUUCUCAUUUCAGACGGUGAGCAGCUUGGAACCCCCGGUCCGCUUCACAAGAUGUUUAACAAUGGUGAUCUAACACUGGAGGAAACUACUACUGAGCUAAAGCGCCCGUACCGCAGCAUUGUGGAUGACGAAGCUCUUGGCGAUGACGUUUCCUUCUAUUAUCACUGUUUUCAGACAUGGGCCAUGGCUCGCCGCAUCACGGUGGCCUACUCCUCUCGUAUAAUCUCGCGUGAAAAUGCUCUUGUGGUGUUUGCGGUGACCUCAGACAGUGUGAAUUUCUCUAAAGCUUUAGCCAUAGAUUUGAUGGCAAUCAAAGCCGCUGAGGAGCUUGAGCGCGAAGUGUUGCUGCCAAGCUUGAGUUCAGAGUCCAAGGCUGUCUCUGAGGACGAGGAAGUAGUCCUGCGAGAGCAGAUCAUAGCUGGUGCUGUACAUGCCUAUUUAAGCCGUGAUGGUGGCAUAUCCACUAGGGGAGAGCAAGAAAAACAGCUGGCACAAGCAAUGGUGAUCAUGGCCUAUUCCAUGGUCCUUCUCAGCGCUGAACACCGCGCCCAGCCUUCCGGGAUGGUCGCGCCCGAAGUUCAGCAUUUCUUGGAUGACAUUGCCCCGUAUAUGCUGCAAGUUCUGCGGUAUCGUGGCUUUCGUGGGGGAUCUGGGGGUUCCGAGCACGAUAUCUUCGAUGCCCACCUCCUUGCAGUGCUGAUUUACCACCUCCGGACGACGCCGGUGUCUGAGCUUAUGGAUGAAGAUGGCCUCGAGGACCUAAACUACUCGUUGCAAAAUAUUUUCGGCAACAAGGUGACGCUAUUUACCAAUUCCCCGCUCGCAGCGUUACCCAAGGUCACUUUGAGGAAUCCCCAAGAAGCUGUUCAAGAACCACACCUCAUUCAUGAGCUCGUGGAGUCCCUGGCCAAGAGGUUUAAUGUCCGUGGCCAUGUGGCAGAUCACACCUAUCCCAGCGAUUUUGGCAUGGCAAAUCAGCUCAAAGGGUGGGCUCUGAACUAUCCCUUUGAUGAUCUCAAUGACAUCAUCGAUGCGAAAGGUCAAGAGGAGAUUCAGCGCAAUAUGACAGAAAAGGAUCGCAAGCGAAACAUGAAAAUUGAUGCGGCUUUUGUGAUUGACGCAACACAACAGGCGGAGUCAAUGGGAAUUCGUAGCUUUAUAAAGGAUCGUCUAGCGUUAGUUGUCUCGGAAAGCGAUGACGACAGCGAUGAUGAGGCUAUCGUCAACAGCGACUCAAAUAAGAGAAAUGGUGAUAACAAUAACUCUUCUAAACGGCAGAAGCCGACACAGCAGCAUUAUGGUCAGCGGAACAAGAAAACUCGUAGCAAAGAAGAUGUUAUCCGAGAGGAGACAAACCUACGUGAUGCAAAUCGAAGUGUGCGGGAGUGGUAUUACCAGGUGGAUUCUGCGAUUAAAUCCACUGAUCGGGCGACAGACCGCGGCACCAGUAAGGAUCGGACAGAGGCCAUCAGCACUCUUUCGGCCAUCAUCUCCAGACUGGAACAGAGUAAUCUCACCAAGGGUUUUGACCCUGGCAAUGUUCGCCACAAAUCGGAGGAUAUACCUCUGAAACUGUCCAUGUGGCGGCUGUUGGUAGAAACCAGUGGUAUGCGUGAGGCGGAGUUCGCCUUUACGAUUGAAGCCAGCAUGGACUCAAAAAAAUCCAAGAUCGCAACACGUUCCAAGUCCACCGCAACUGAAAAUCUUUACGCUUUCAAUAUUAUUGAGAAGCUUGUUCAGGACUGUACUGGUGUGCAUGGAAGCGCAAAUGCGGUCAAGAUGAGCUCUGCGUUGAGUGUUUGGGGAAAAAUUGAGUGUCUACAUCAUGCAACACAGCCCCCAAUGUCGUACUACGAUGCAGUGUCUUACCUCAAUUGGGUUUAUCUGUCCAACGUGCAGCUUCACUUCCGUCUCAAGCUUAUGUGUUGCAUAGUGAAGCUGCAGUUGGAUCACUGGAAGGUUGAGCGUGAGCGUGCACGCCUCGUUCAUGAAACACCCAACAUCGAUGUUGGGAUACCGUUGUUCUUGUAUUGUCACCACAAGGUGCUAUCGCUGAUUCAGGCGAAUGGGCUCUGCAUAUCUGUUGACGAUAUCGAUACGGUGCGUUCCGCUCUCAUGCACUUCGACUUUCCUAGUUCCUAUUACGAGAACGUGGACAAGUCUAUAUCAACAUGGCAAGGUCGGUCGUUUGGGCAGCUCCCGCCAGGCAUGCGACCGCGGCAGAAGAUGUGGUUAGAGACGCCUGAGAUGACGCAACUGAUGCACAUGGGGCACCUACUAGAGAGGCCGAUGAUCCAUGAUGAGGACCCCCGCGUUGCCUUCAAUCCUGAUUAUUGGCAGCGUGAGCUACUCGACAUUGUGGACAACCGCGGCAGUGCUGUUGUCUGUGCACCAACUUCAGCCGGAAAGACGUUUAUCUCUUAUUACUGCAUGUACAAGGCGCUCAAGAAGUCCAACAGAAAAGUGCUGGUGUAUCUUGCGCCAAAUCGUGCACUUAUAAAUCAAGCUGUGGCAGAUGUAUGCGCUCGCUAUGGCUCUAAAAAGUACUCUGAUGACACCAAGAACGUGUUUGGUGUGCACGGCGGCGACGACUACCACCUUUACCUCGACCGGUGUCAGGUUCUCGUAACGUUUCCUGAAAUACUUGAGACACUACUGUUGUCCCCGAAGUACACAAAAUGGGUUGAGAAUCUGAACUACGUCAUCCUCGAUGAGAUCCACACCAUGGAGAGUAGCGGGAAUGGUGAUGUCUGGGAGCGGGUGCUGGCGCUGCUGCCAUGCCCUUUUGUAGCCCUCUCCGCAACAUUGGGCGAGACACAUCAGCUCUGUGGAUGGCUAAACCGUGUGCAGGCUAAGCUUCUGGAACAACAACCACACAAAAAACGCGAUUUCAACGUUUAUACCGUUCCUUCAUCUGGCUCGAUUCAACGAUGGAAUGACAUUAAAAAAUACAUCUAUUUCCCACCGGUUGGGCAACACCAGACACUGAAGAAGUUCAAGGCUAAGUGUGAGCAUCACUACAUCCGCGACCUUCAUCCGUUGUCCAUUUUGACGCUAGAUCAACUUCGACGUGGGUUCCCACCGGAAAUUUUGUUAGUGCCAGGUGAGGUGGUACAGCUUUACAGCGCCAUGGUCGAACACUUUCAGAAGACAAUUCUGCCAACAUGGUCUAGGGUGGCUGUGGUUCGCGACAUCGAUGCUCAAAUGCAGAGCAUGAAGCCAGAGGAGUACUUCAAGACAGAGCUCCAUAUAACACAGAAACAUGCACGACAGUACGAGGUAGAUGUCAAAAAUGCUUUCGUUUAUUGGGUUUACCUCACCACAGGCCGCAACGCCGCCGGAUUCGACACUCUGUCCACGGAGGAGAUAAACCGCCUAAAUGCAGAUAUGCAUAAGAUGUGCGAGUCUAUCCUCCACACGUUUUCAUUCCAUCUUCGCGAGGAAGAGGAAAAUCUCGAGAAGUAUGCCAUGAGUGCCGUCCUAGCACAACAGCAGAGCAAUGAUGUUGUGUCUACUAGCAAGCAGAUACAUUUCCCAAACACCAAGCGAUUUAUUCAGGAUAACAUUAUAAAAGUACUCAGGGAGUUGAGCAGUCGUGAUAUGGGACCCACCAUAGUUUUCACCUUUGAGAGUGAGAGCUGCGAUGACAUCGUAAAUACAAUCGUCGAACAGCUAGAGCAAGCUGAAGCGGCGUAUCGGCAAACUGAGGAGUUUGCACAGUACAAGAGCAUGAUGGAGCGUAAGGCCGCCGCAAAGGAAGCCGCUCGAAAGCAGCGGGAGUCGAAUCUUAAGCAAAAGCGUUUGACGACAGAUGUCAACGGUGAUGUUGAACGAAACGAGCGAAACCUGGAUCUCGACGACGGCGACGAUUAUGGGGACUGUGUGAUUCCUGAUGUCCUCCCAGAGUUUAGCUUUAUUGGGCACAACUGCACUAUGGACCCCGAAACCAUCAUGCACGCGAUUGAGGAAUGCAGAAAGCGUGGUGACACUCUUGCUGCGCGUGCAAUAAGCCGUGGGGUUGGUAUCCACCACGCCGGUGUAAAAGGUAAGUUACGGCGCCUGAUGGAAAUUCUUUUCCGACGACGACACUGUGGAGUUAUUUGCUCUACCGAGACGCUUGCGCUCGGUAUCCACAGUCCUUGCCGUUCCGUUGUUCUCGCGGGUGAUCAUGUGCUACUCAACACAACACAAUUUCGUCAGAUGAUGGGCCGUGCCGGACGUCGUGGUCUCGAUUUCCUUGGCCACCUUGUUUUUCUUGGCAUAAGCCUAAAGAAAAUUACUCGGCUCAUGACAAGUGGCAUGACGGUGAUUAAGGGAAACGCACAGAUGGAUGUGAUCUCACAGCUGCGUCUUCUGAAACUUCACGAUUUCGCGGACCACCGUGGCCUGAAAAACAGUGAUCAAUGGAAGGCACGUGUGACUGGAAUGGCGGAACGGUUAUUUGUAAACCCGCUCUUCUUCGAGGGACGUGCUGCGGUCGAGGGAGGAAAUAUGGAAGGCUUCACGAUUGAGUUGAUGCAGAUGCUUCUUUGGUUCUUCCAAAAAGAAGGUCUCCACUUUAAAGAGCACCCUUCUUCUCUGGGGUCACUCCUGGUGGAUAUAUUGCACGUGUUCCGCAGCUUCAAAGUUGGGGUGGAGGGCAUUGCCUUUAUCAUGAUGCUCACCCGUGGUGUUUUUGUGAAUGCUGACUUUCAUAACGAGUUUUCCUUUUUGAAUAGCGGUGUUUUCACAUCCACGGACAAAGAGUCAGGUUGCACCGAGGCGCUUGUUGAACUGCUGGCAUAUCUUUUUUCAACGAACAAAAUGUGUGGAUGCUCGCUUGAAAUUCACCGUUCAGUACUGAGUGACCCGGUUGUGGUGUCCCUAUGGAAUAAAAAACGGCGUAGCGGAACUGCACGUCUUCACCGUGUUGUGCUGGCGCCGCUACGUGCUUGCUGCUCGACACAUUCACCGCUGGACACCACAGAUGUGUUUCGUAUUAUAUCGGCUUUCUAUUCAACAUUAGCGGCCAACCUGCAGAAGCCAGUGGAGGAUCGACUACCAUAUAUGAGUUCGAAAACAAAGAAGAAAAACCCAAUUUUCAACCCCUCCGAAGAGGAGCUUCCACUAAUGAAGAAGCUUAGGGCCACAGCAGUGCCCUUCAAGGCCCGCACACCCUUUGUGGCCAUCAGCGGCUGUGGUGAUAAUUUCGUCAACACCGAGGAUCUCAUGACGACCCUUCGCAGUGGUCUAUUUUGCGAUCCUCGAUACCUGCCGGUCCUUGACUUUACCGACGGGUGUAGGCAUGAUGGCGCGCAGGUACUUAUCAAUGCCUGCAUCUCGGAUUUCGCACGGUGCCGCGCACAGUUUGAUUCAUUCCGAACAAACUAUCGCUUCACACUACUAGAGGAACUGAAUGGUUUGAAUCAGUCAGAGUGCUUUGCGGUUUUGAAUCAAAUAAAAAAUUUGCUGUCUAACAUUGCAGGUUUCUCUUGUGGUGGAGUUAAACCGAUGAAAGUUCUGGAAGAGCUCUUCCCCCAGAAACAAAAUGGGUAUUUUGCGGCUGCGAAGGGAAUUCUACACUUUGCCAAACAUAUGAACGACCUCCAUUGGCAGAUUGAGAAGGACUAUUCCGUUGAACAGCUCUCUUUAAAGCAGAUGGAAUCACGAAAAAAUAAGGUCUAA